AUGGCCUCUGGACAAUCGUGGCUGAACCAGGACUUUGGUGGAGACGAUGAAGAAUCGGACAAUGACUUCAAUCCCGGGUUCGAGGCAGGGUCAGACCAGGAGGAUGAAGGCGAUCAAGACUCGAAGCCUCAGAGCACCGCGAAAAGAUCCGGCAACGAAGACGAGGACGAGGACGACGACCGCCUUGCGCCUGCGACGAACGGUAACAAGUCGGCCUCUCCUGCCCGGAAGGAUGGACGACCCUCACUCGAUGAGGACGACGAAGAAGAUGAGCAAGAUGAACAGGCGGACAACGGUGAAAAUGAUGAAGGCGAGGGGGAAGACCUGAACGGAGAAGACGACGACGAGGAAGAUGAAGAAGAGGACGAAGAGGAUGAAGAUGCCAUCACCAGUCGACCCCGAAAGCGCCGGAGGCGAGGCCUGAAUCAGUUCUUCGAAGAAGAAGCCGAAGUUGACGAGGAUGACGAUGAACUCGAAGCCGAGGAGGACGAUCUUGGGCCCGACUUCAUCGAACAAACUCACCCGGAUGACGACCUUCCCCCCGAAGCGGACCAUGAUGACGCGAGACACAGAGAACUAGAUCGUCAACGACAGAUCGAGGCGUCGAUGGAUUUGGAGAAGCAGGCCGCAGCUUACAAAGAGCGGUACGGUCGGAGGACGACCACGGCCUUGAGCCAGGGCUCCUUCGUGCCGCAGAACCUGCUCAUGCCCGACGUCAAUUCCACGAGUAUCUGGGGGGUCCGAUGCAAAGCUGGCAAGGAAAGAGAAAUAGUCACCAGGAUCAUGAAGAAAUGGCUCGAGAGUAAGGGUAGGAACCAGCUGAGGAUAAUCUCGGUUUUCGAACGAGGCGAUGGUCCCAUGGCUGGGUAUAUCUUUGUCGAGGCCCUGAAGAAGAGCGAUGUGGAAGAUGCCCUUACCAAUGUCCCGGAUGUCUAUCCGCGAUCGAAGAUGAAUCUCGUCCCCAUCAAGGAAAUGCCCGACUUGUUGAGAACCAGAAAGGACAAGGAGCUGGAAGUCGGUGGGUACGUGCGCAUCAAGCGAGGCCUCUACAUGGGCGAUUUGGCCAUGAUUGAGGAUGUCGAAACCAAUGGUCUCGAAGUCACACUCCGACUGGUACCUAGGCUUUCCUACGGCUUGGAUGAGGAACAAGGUCGAGCAGCUCCAGCCGAUGCGAAGCGCAAACGACCAAAUACUUUUGGACCGAUCAAUACCUUUCAAAAUCGACCGCCACAGAGGCUGUUCAACGAGCUCGAAGCGAAGAAGAGGCAUGAGCGAUUUGUGAGCCAGAACAGAGGGCUGACGGGGAAGAGCUUCACCUACAAGGGCGACACCUACGAGAACGGCUUUCUGAUCAAAGAUUUCAAGUUGCAGCAUCUGAUUACCGAAAAUGUGAACCCCAAACUCGAGGAGAUCACCAAGCUCACCAAAACCGCUGCCGACGGCUCCGAAUUGCUCGAUCUCGAAACCCUAGCCCACAGUCUGCGGAAUACGACUGCUGAAGGCAACUACAUGCCUGGCGAUGAGGUCGAGGUCUAUGAGGGCGAACAAAGAGGCAUUGUUGGCAAGACGGAAGCCGUCCAUGGCAAUAUUGUCUCCAUCAUGGUGUCAGAGGGCGAACUGACCGGCCAGCUUGUCGAAGUGCCGGUCAAGGGUCUGCGGAAACGCUUCAAGGAGGGCGACAACGUCAAGAUCAUUGGAGGCAGCAAGUACCGCGACGAAGUGGGGAUGGUGUUGCGGAUCAAGGACGACAAAGUCACAGUCCUCACCAACAACAGCAAUGACGAAAUCACCGUCUUCAGCAAGGAUCUCAGAGAAGCCGCUGACUCGGGCAGUGGUGGCGCAGGAAGCAGUAAGUUCGACGUGCAGGAACUGGUGCAGAUUGAUCCUACCACGGUUGGGUGCGUGAUCCGGGCUGAUCGAGAUUCGGUUCGGAUCCUCGAUCAAAAUGGCUCGGUCAUAACAAAGAUACCUUCCCAGAUCCAGAAGAUUGAAGCACGGAAGAAUGCUGUUGCCACGGAUAAGAACGGUUCGGAGAUCCGCAUAGGCGACGUGGUGCGCGAAUCUGGUGGAGAAGGAAAAUCCGGGACGAUUCUUCACAUUCACCGGGGAUAUGUCUUUUGCCACAACAAGCUUGGUAUCGAGAAUGCGGGCAUCUGGGUCAACCGGUGUACCAAUGUUAUUACCACGGCCGCAAAGGGUGGGCGGAUCACAGCUCCAACUACCGAUCUGACCAAGAUGAAUCCCGCCCUCCAGAUGAAGCGCCCUGACAUGGCCAUGCCCCCUCCGCAGCGGCCUGGACGAGAUCCUCUCCAAGGAAAACUUGUGCAUAUCAACAAGGGAACGUACAAAGGUCACCGUGCUAUUGUCAAAGACACUACAGCUGGCGAGGCAAGACUUGAACUCCAGACGAAGAACAAGGUCAUCAAUGUCGGCAAGUUCGACCUGUCGAUCAUCGAAUAUGAAGAUUGGAUCAGGCAGCGUGGUGGCCCAUCAGCGAUAAGGGCAGGACCCGGUGUCCCUGGCUCCCGAGUUCCCGAUGCAGGCUUUGGAGGAAGAACUCCCAUGGGCGUCAUGGACGGUGGCCGAACUCCAGCGUGGGGCACCUCAUCGAGGACGCCUGCCUGGAGCGGCCCUGGAGGGAGUGCUGGUCUCGAUUCCGGCCGCACCCCAUCGUGGAAGGGACCUUCAGGCUCCCAGACCUCUUAUGGCGGCGCUGGUGGCAUGACUUCCUACGGCGGCGCAGGCAACUACUCGACCAACACCAAUAUCGGCUCGCGCACGCCGGCGUGGAGCUCCGGCGCAAAGACCCCCUACGGUGGCGACCACGGAUUCAGCUCGUCGGGCAACGCGGGCUUUGACGGCUUUGCAACCGGAUCACGUACUCCAGCAUAUAACCCGGCCUCCUCAUCACGGACUCCCGCCUGGGGUGGACCAGGCAGUUCCUCUGCCGCCGCCGCGUCGGCUCCCACGCCCGGUGCCAGCGCCAGCAGCGCGCGGCCCUACGACGCGCCCACACCGGGGAUCAUCUCAGCACCCACGCCGUCCGCAUCCGGCACUGGCCGCUACGACAUCGACGAAGCAUACACUCCGUACGGUCUCAGCGCCCCGACUCCGGGUGCUUCAGGAGCAGCAGCAACGACGGUGCCGCAGGAUGCACCGACGCCGGCACCACCGCCGAGUUUUGCAAAGAGCGCGAAUCGCGAACCCCUGAAGAACAAUCGGUUGGCCCUGUCCGCAUUUGACGCGCCCACUCCCGCGGCGAGUGCCCCGACGCCGUACGCCAGUGGUGCGUUUGAUGCGCCUACGCCCGCAGCGGGUGGUCCUAGAUAUGUGGAUGACGAGGACGAUGACGAGUGA